AAUCGUGUAUGAAAGCACCAGGUGGACGUGUAUGGAAGCAACAUUUGUGUAUGAAGCACUGGACAAAUGUAUAUGGAAGUACUGGAAUGCACUGGGCAAAGAGAUUCGUAUAUGGAAGUGCCAGACGAAUGUGUAUAAAAGUACUGGGUGAAUGUGUAUAG